GACUAGAAGGGGGAGCGAGGUUCAGGCGUCGAGUCGAGCGGAUAGGUCGUAGCAGCCGAAAACUCGGACACGAUCAUCAGUCAGCUACGAAAGCUCACGAGCGAGUGUUAAUGAUAAACUUACUUGCUAUUAUCAAAAGUAAACGAAAAACUUCCAUUGGACUAAGUAAAGAGAGAACGAACAAGGAAAAAUAAACGAAACGUUUUUGGAGGAAAGACGAAAUUACGCAAUAUAGGUCUCAAGGUCAGUGGCUCGUGUGUGUACGUAACUUCGACUAAACGAAAGUUACCCGUGCGUACGUUUUACAAUAUACGUACAUUAGCGGUGAAACGGACUUGAUUUUUUUUUAAAUUAAUCGAAACAACGCCACGAUUGAUUUCUGAACAAGAAAGCCAGAGGAGGAAUCGAUACAAUUCAACGACGUUUUUUCCUCGCUGGAUACGCGAUCUGCUCGGUUGGGCAACGUCAAGUUUGGAACGAAAAAAAAACAUCGUUCACAAAGUCCAACGAACGAAACGAGAAACGAAACGAGCGAUAAUAUCAAUAAUAGUAAUAAUAACUAAACCAGAUUCUGGAAACUGUAUUGCAACGGCUGUGCGUAAAAGCGAGUGUACAUGGGAAAUAUUGUAGUGACCGUGAAAUAGAAAGGACGUGUGGAAUCUGUAGCAGAUGGAAAAAGUAAAGUUUUCAAUCAAGAGAAAAAGCAUCUAUCGAUUCUAGCAGCGAUCAACAGUGUUGAAGUAAAAUAUAAAAACAGCAUCGAGGCGUCACAGGAGAACUGCGAGUGAAUAACCUGAAAAUACCUCGUACCAAUGUGGGCGAAAGACCGUAACGCAUAUUCGAGAUCAUUUCACGCAAGGUUUUGAGAGGUUUGUUCCAUUUUGAGGCUUUAGAGGUUAACAGGUGAACGCGGAAAAGUAGAAUCGCAGCUUCGUGAACCAGAGCUGUUCGUAUGAAUGUUCGAGUGAGCGAUUUCUAUGCUGUUUCCGUUGUAUACAAUCCUGAAAAUUGUCGAUUGACAUCGGGAAUACUUUCACUAAUAGUACGAUCGAUACUAGAAAUAAAUAAAGAUGUGGCAACAGUCGAGCAACGAAGGCACAACUAAGGGGGUGGUGUCGAGUGUCGAGGAAAGCUACGGAAAAGAUUCGAGCGCUCAACAAGAUUCUGGAAUCGUCGAUUCAGGUUUUUUAUCGUCCGGUGGAAAUUUAUUGACAUCUGAAUUUGGAAUCGAAGAGGACGAAGCUCGUACAAGCAACGAGUCUGGUAAUCAACAAAAAGGAAUAUCAACGAGUUUCGAGGAUAAACCUCCAUCCGAGGAUCAGCGUGGCAAGAAUUCUGCUGCAACGGAUCCCAUGAGAGUCGACAGCGGAUUAGACCUCGGGCUGAGCGAAAGCCUUAGCCAAUUGAGUCUCAAGCAAAUCAAUCUUAACCGUUUUGAGCAUACUAAAGUUCAGUCCGAGCCCACCGUCGAAUUGAGACCGGUUGUCAAGAAUUCUAACUUACAAGACCGAGAUUCUAUCCAACCGCAAAGCACCACCCAGGGACCUCAAGGAUAUUCUCAGGAACCUUGGGAACUCUAUUACAUGCAGGAUGAAGAUGGCGAUACACAACUUCACAUAGCGAUCGUCCAAGGAUUUUUGGAAGCAGCGUUCAGUCUGAUUAGAAUGGCGCCACAUCCGUUGCUACUGAACAUACUGAACGACGAUUGUCAGGCCCCGCUGCAUCUGGCAGUCCUUACGAGACAGUCGAGAAUCGCACGGAGGCUAAUUCUCGCCGGUGCGAAUCCAUCGAUUCGAGACUUCCGAGGAAACACGGCGCUCCACUUGGCCUGUUACUCCGGGGAUCUGGCCUGUGCCAGGGCUCUUACGGACCCCUUAUCACCGGUCGAAAGGAAUUACCUUGCCAACAGUCCGAGAAUACCAGCGCUUCCGCAAAAUCUCGAGCAACGAAAUUACGAUGGGGAAAUGUGCCUGCACGUCGCAGCGGCCGGGGGUCAAGUCGACAUAGUACAGCACCUUUUGCGCCUGGGCGCCGAUCUGGAAGCGAGGGAGGGUCUGUCCGGAAGAACGGCGCUUCAUCUCGCCCUCGAACGAGGCUGCCGAUCGGUCGUAACGUUUCUUCUGCAAGAAUGUCGACCCUGUCUGGACGCGCCGACCUACGCUGGGAUAACGGCUUAUCAGAUCGCGAUAUGCCUGGACGCUCAAGUCGCUCGGGAACUCGUGAGACUCGGUGCCACGCCCGAACCGCUCCCCGAAACCGAUGCCGAAGCGAGCGACGAAUCGGGGGACGAGGACGCUUCCUACGUGCCGGCUAUCGCCAGGCUCACCCAAGGGGUCGGAGUACGAGCUUAAAAAAUAAGAUUAGUUGCUGAAUAAUCACCCAUUAGUUUCUGCGAGGACAACAAAUUUAGCGCUCUCGGAUUUUCUGAGCGUGGAGGGCAGCACGGGAGCCGGGGGUGGUGAAUUUUUCGCACCGGAAGAAAACUCGAUGUCUUGAAAGCUGAUAGAACAAAUUUUAUCAUCCCUCGAACGAGUCAUGUCGAUUCGCAAAAAGAAUUUCAUCACGCAAGAAUGAACGCUGCGACGUGACUCGGAUUAAAUCUGAGGACAAUAACAUCCGAAUUAACAUGAUCGAUUUGUGCUCGAUUAAAUUGAAUUGUAACAUAAAUUGGAGACGCGCCUAGUGAAAUCCGUCGAGAGAUGCCACCGUAUAUUGCGUUCGAUGGCAAAACUUCAUUUUAUUUGCGAAUCAAGUGAAGCCCGAAAAUGCGAGGCGGCCCGGAGGUACUGAUGGCACGAGACGAGCCCGAUGGAGCUUGACGCUCGGCGAGAUAUCAAUAAUUACGUUGAAUUCGAGUAAAUCACGAAGAAGCGGCUCGAAAUUUAGAAAAAAAUUAUUUUUGUAAGCAUUGAGCGUCUCUCAAGGCGAUACUACAUACGACACGGCGAUCAAACGCUGAGCGCAAAACAUGUAAUGGAGUUAUCCGAAACAAGAGAUGUUUCGUAGAAAGAAAGCCUUAAACUCUAUGGAAAUCUUUCGUUCGAUUAUUUUGUUUACCUGAAACGUGAAUAAGAAUUUCGAUGGUUCAAGAGUUUCGCUCGGUUAGCAUCGCACGCACUCUUUUCUUAUGUUAUCGAUUUGAGUCCUGUAUCUUCCUUCGAUGCGAAACGCCGACUCCCGUCCCCGCGGUCACGAGUUUUCGGGGGACAUCAAUUUUAAUAACUAUCAAGCAUUUUUUUUCGGAUAAUCGAUAAUUAGAGGAACAAAACUUGUUCCGAUUAGUGAAUUUACGGAGGAGAGUGCUUUGUCGCUGGUCGCAUGAAAUGUGAACCGUUUGGAGCAUAGCAUCAUCUCCGUGCCAAAUUAAUAAUCGAUCGGGCUGACUCGUUCGCACGACGAAUCGCAAGGGCAAGUCAAGGAAGAUACACGCGAGGUGAAAAAAGUAAAAAUGUGCGAAUGUGUGCGUGUUGAAUGCUUCUGGUUUGUCAUGCGUAUGAUGUGAUUCGAUCGCCGAACGGAGGCCUCUGUUUAUUAUUCCAAUGAAUAUCGGGAGACGUCGUUGGUCUGUCAAACCGUUUUUAUCGAUUAACGAAAUUUUAAUGUAUCAUUCAAACACCGAAUCAUCGUAUAGCUGUGCAUCGAUUUGCAAUGAUAUUCCAUGAAGUACGGCCAAUCGUUCUCGCAACCGCGUCUCCUAUCUUCAUUACCACGAUCCUUGUACAUAGCCAUUCCCUGAGACAGUCGCGUAAGUCGUCUAUAAUUAUUAAUAUUAUUAUUAUUAUCAUUACGAUUAUCAUAUUAACUAUUAUAUAUUUUUAAAAUACAUCUACGUUUACAAAAUUGUA